GUUAGCUAUUGUACUUGUAUACGUAGAUGAUCUAAUCAUCACUGGAGAUGAUGCUGAGGAAAUUUGCCGAACGAAGGAGAACUUGUCAGUUCGUUUCUAGAUGAAAGAACUUGGACAACUUAAGCACUUUCUUGGGCUAGAGGUGGAUCGUACACAAGAAGGGAUAUUUCUCUGUCAACAGAAAUAUGCCAAAGAUUUGUUGAAAAAGUUUGGGAUGCUCGAAUGUAAACCGAUCUCAACACCGAUGGAACAGAAUGCUAAGAUGUGUGCACACGAUGGCAAAGACUUGAAUGAUGCAACAAUGUAUCGGCAAUUGGUGGGUAGUUUGCUUUACUUAACUUUAACUAGACCCGAUAUCUCUUAUGCAGUUGGUGUGAUGAGUCGAUACAUGCAAAAUCCAAAGAAGCCUCAUUUGGAUGCAGUUCGACGAAUUUUGAGAUAUGUGAAGGAUACAAUGGAUUGUGGUCUGUUGUACAAGAAAGAUGAAGAUUGCAAGCUAGCUGGCUACUGUGAUGCUGAUUAUGCAGGAGAUGACGACACCCGUAGAUCAACUACCGGGUAUGUGUUUAUGCUUGGAUCAGGAGCAAUUUCAUGGUAUAGCAAGAGACAACCAACUGUAUCUCUGUCAACAACGGAGGCAGAGUACCGAGCAGCAGCAGUGGCAGCUCAAGAGAGUACUUGGCUAAUACAGCUGAUGAACGAUCUACAUCAACUAGUGGACUAUGCCAUUCCAUUGUACUGUGACAACCAGUCGGCAGUUCAUUUGGCGGAGAAUCCAGUCUUUCAUGCAAGAACAAAACAUGUGGAAGUGCAUUAUCAUUUUAUCAGGGAAAAGGUUCUGGAAGAAGAGAUUGAGAUGAGGCAAAUUAAAUCAGAAGACCAAGUCGCAGACUUAUUCACAAAAGGUCUAAGUGGCAGCAAAUUUGAAAGCUUUUGUCAUCAGCUCGGCAUGAUAAAGAGUUUGGAAGCUGAUGUUGAGGGAGAGUGUUAG